AUAAUGGUGGACCUCCAACCCGCCGUCGUCAUCGACAAUGGAUCAGGUCUGAUCAAAGCUGGCAUCUCAGGGGACAAGGAACCUCGCUCGAUCUUCAACAACAUGAUCGGUAAGCCCCGUCAGAAAGCGCUCAUCAUAGGAGCCGGCCAGAAGGACUUCUACAUUGGCGACGAAGCCCAAGUCAAGAGAGGGGUGUUGUCCAUCAAAUACCCGGUGGAGCACGGCAUAGUCACCUCCUGGGAUGAUAUGGACAAGAUCUGGAGGUACGUGUAUGACAACGAUUUGAAAAUCAAGUCAAACGAGAGACCGGCCCUGCUGACCGAGGUCCCCUUGAAUCCGUUGGCCAACAGGGAGAAGAUGUGCCAGAUCCUCUUUGAGGGCUUCGAUGUCCCGGCCAUGUACGUGGCCAUCCAAGCGGUGCUGGCUCUCUAUGCCUCCGGGAGGACCACUGGGUGUGUGAUGGACAGUGGGGAUGGCGUGACCCACACGGUGCCCAUCUACGAGGGCUACUGCCUUCCCCACGCAGUUCUCAGGCUGGAGGUCGGGGGCAAGGACCUAACCGAGUACCUGGUGAGGAUCCUGACCGAGAGCGGCAUCUCCUUCGUCAGCACGGCCGAGAAGGAGAUCGUGAGGGACAUUAAAGAGAGGCUGUGUUACGUGACCCCGGACCUGCAAACCGAGAUGUGUAAGAAACCCUGCGAAGUGGAGAGGGAUUACAAGCUGCCCGAUGGCCAGAUCAUCAAAAUCCAAAACCAGAGGUUCCGUUGCCCCGAGACUCUCUUCCUCCCGGCCAACAUAGGCAUCGAGGCGCCCGGCAUCGACAAACUGUGCUUCAACACCAUCAUGAAGUGUGACAUUGACCUGAGGAAAGACCUGUACGCCAACAUGAUUCUGGCUGGGGGUUCCAGCCUGUUCCCCGGGAUGGAUGAGAGGAUGCUGAAGGAGAUGACCAAGAUGGUCCCCACCGGCACCCCGGUCAGGGUGUGUGCUCCGCCCGAGAGGAAAUACUCGGUGUGGAUGGGAGGAUCAAUCCUCUCCUCCCUCUCCGCCUUCCAGCAGAUGUGGAUCACGGCCUGCGAGUACAAGGAGGUCGGGGCUAAUAUCGUGCACAGAAAGUGUUUCUGA